AUGGCAAUUGGCACAUCUGAAGAAAUAAAGCAAUUUCAGCAGACAACAACUGUUGGAAUUAUUGGCCUUGGUGUGAUGGGCUUAAUGUAUGCAGAACGAUUUAGUGCUGCUGGAUGGCAUGUUGUCGGCUGUGAUAGAGACGAGAAUUAUGAACAGUUUAAAACCAAAUACGGUGAUAAAUUUGAGGUGGUUAAGAAUGGACAUUAUGUAUCCCGGGUGUCAGAUUACAUUAUCUACAGUGUGGAAGCAGCAAACAUUGAUCGAAUUGUUUCCGAAUAUGGACCAUCAACUAAAGUUGGUUCGAUUGUCGGAGGUCAGACUUCCUGCAAAUAUCCAGAAAUAGCUGCAUUCGAGAAACACCUUCCGAAGGAUGUUGAGAUCAUUUCGGUUCACUCACUGCAUGGCCCAAAUGUUGAUCCUACUGGGCAACCGCUGGUCAUAAUUCAACAUAGAGCAUCCGAUAAGUCAUUGAAGUUGGUUGAAUCCAUUAUGUCUUGCCUCCAUUCAAAACACGUUCAUCUUUCAUACCAGGAGCAUGAUAAAAUAACUGCAGAUACCCAAGCAGUGACUCAUGCAGCAUUUCUUUCUAUGGGCCUGGCCUGGUGCUCAUGUAAUCAAUAUCCAUGGGAAACUCCCAAGUGGACAGGUGGCCUUGAAAAUGCCAAGAUCAACAUUUCGCUUCGGAUUUACUCAAACAAGUAUCACGUAUAUGCUGGAUUGGCCAUCACAAAUCCGUCUGCACAUAGUCAGAUUUUACAGUACUCAAGAUCUUGCGAAGAACUAUUUACUCUGAUGAUACAGGGCCGUAAGGAAGAGCUCACUGAGAGGGUGAUGAGAGCGAAAAAGAAUGUGUUUGGACAUCUUGGGAAGGAUCAUCAGCUAUUGUUAGAUGACGAUCUGUUGCAACAGUACUCGUUGAACAAUUAUCCUCCCGGAAAAAGACAACCCAAUUCCCAAUUAUCUUUGCUGGCUAUUGUGGACUCAUGGUCGAGUCUGGGUAUCGUUCCAUACGAUCACAUAAUUUGCUCGACACCUUUAUUCCGCAUAUUUUUGGGUGUUACUGAAUAUCUAUUUUGUACUCCACAUCUAUUGGAAGAAUGUUUGCAGGUGGCGAUAUCUAACAAUAACUUUAGAAAGGACGAUCUUAACUUCGUUAUGGCUUCUAGAGAGUGGGCAUUCAUUGUGAGCUACGGUGACUUCAAAUUAUACAAGACUAGAUUCGAGAAAGUCCAAAGGUACUUUGAGCAUAUGUUUCCUGAGGCAACCAAGGUUGGUAACCAGAUGAUUAAGACAAUUUUGAAAAGGGUUAAGGAUAGAGAGGAGAAAAAUUAA